AUGAUGAAAAGUGGAAAUUGCGGACUGGGAAGUGAUGAAGAAUCGAGCGAUGAGGAGCCCGUACUAAAAAUCCAGCGCCCUAAUGAGGAGCAAGUGCAAAAGAAGAAGCGAUCCCCCUGGGAAGACGUGCUGAUGGAGCAGGAACUCGAACGAGUUCGUACUGUAUAUAUGGAGGACGAUGAGCGAGUGGAGAGGGGAAGUGAAUCGUUCGAAAUGCCAAGGCAGAAAAAUCACCUUUGCACCCGGAGACGCCAAUAUCCGAAUCGUAUGGAGAGCGAAGAAGCGGGAGAUCUGUUAAAACCGCCGGUUCCGAUUGUGACGGUAUCUCCGGCUGAAGAUGAUCCAUUUGCCGGCACGCCGGAUAUCAGCCAGGUGGAGACGUUUGGGACUGCGCUUACGGUGGCUCGUUGUAGGCAACAAAAGAAGAAGCGGCAUCCGGUUUUGGAAAAAACGCCGAGCUUGAAUUCGGUAUUUUCGAAUUCGAAUUCCAAGAAGCGGACGGGUGUGCUGGAGAAGAGAACUCAUGCUCAAAUGAUGGAAUAUUCGCAUUUUACAAGGAAGGAAUAUUCGCUUGACGAUCUAAUAGAAGCGGAAUUUGCCGAAGAGAUGCCUUUGGAAAUUUUGGCCGAUAAUAUAGCUACCGUACUCGGCGAACUCGAGCCCUGUUCUGUCGUCAAGAUCGUCAAAUCGAUUGGCAGAGAUCGAUCCCUUGCCUACCUGGAACAAACAAAACAGACUGAAUUGGCUGGUGGCAUGCUGGUGGCCGAUGGCUCGAGACGGAAAACAGCCGGCGGAGUGUUUAUUGCGAUUUUUAAGGACGAUCCGACUGUGGAUCCAGAUUUGAAGAAAGACUUGACGUCUGAUGAGGGGCGAGAAGACCGGAAAUGGAUCAAGGGAAAAAGGCGUGGGAGGAGGGCGGCUACAACUGAAGUAUCGUUAUUGGAGAUUUCCAUGAAACUCCGCGAACAACAAGCCCAUGCUAUGGACACCGAAGAACAAGAGAACGAAACAAAUUCAGACGAAGAAAAGGAGCUCCAACUCAGCCCCCUCAUCCGACGAGAACCCCUAGAUUUUGAUGAUGAUUUAAAUCACACCCGAGAUUUU